CAACCUGGAAAUGGAAGUUGAAUGGAUUUUGUCAUGUGUCUGAAGUUUAAUGGGAUGUUUGAGAAGAGAGCUAUAUUAAAAGGAGAAUCUCUCAAAUGGCUUCAGAACCUACAAGUGCAAAACAAGCUAAGAAUUACUUCACUAAGGGGAAAAGGCAGCAGCACCAGCCAGUAAGGAACAGAUCUUCAGUUAGUGAUGCUGAUGGCGAUGACUCCUUUGUUUUUGAAGCAAACGAAGCAUGGAAAGAUUUUCAUGGUUCUCUCCUACAAUUUUAUGAAAAUGGAGAACUCUGUGAUGUCACAUUAAAGGUUGGAACAAAGCUAAUCUCUUGCCACAAACUGGCAUUGGCUUGUGUUAUUCCCUACUUCCGAGCCAUGUUUCUCUCUGAAAUGGCUGAAGCCAGGCAGACACUGAUUGAGAUCAGAGAUUUUGAUGGCGAUGCAAUAGAAGACUUGGUAAAGUUUGUCUAUUCUUCUCGGCUCACUUUGACUGUUGACAACGUCCAGCCUCUCUUAUAUGCAGCCUGUAUUCUACAGGUUGAACUGGUAGCUAGAGCUUGCUGUGAGUACAUGAAGUUACAUUUUCAUCCCUCGAAUUGCCUGGCAGUCAGAGCCUUUGCAGAAAGUCACAAUCGAAUAGACUUAAUGGACAUGGCAGACCAGUACGCCUGUGAGCACUUUACUGAGGUGGUGGAGUGUGAAGACUUCGUAAGUGUGUCACCCCAGCAUCUCCAUAAGCUUCUGUCUUCCAGUGAUUUGAAUAUUGAGAACGAAAAGCUGGUCUAUAGUGCUGCCAUCAAGUGGCUUCUUGCUACUCCUCAGCAUCAUUCCAAAUGGCUGGAUGAAACACUUGCACAGGUUCGGCUGCCGUUGUUGCCAAUUGACUUUCUUAUGGGUGUUGUGGCAAAAGAACAGAUUGUCAAACAAAAUCUUAAAUGUAGAGAUUUAUUGGAUGAAGCAAGAAAUUACCACCUUCACUUGAGUAGCAGAGCCAUACCUGACUUUGAAUACUCCAUUCGGACUACACCAAGAAAACAUACUGCUGUGUUUUGUUGUCUUCACAGGCGUGGGAUUGCCCUGGCUUCCUUGGGAGGUCCGAUUUAUGCAAUUGGAGGGUUAGAUGACAACACUUGUUUCAACGAUGUGGAGAGAUACGACAUAGAGUCUGAUCAGUGGGGUACCGUGGCGCCAAUGAAUACUCCCCGAGGAGGCGUUGGCUCAGUGGCUCUCGUAAACCAUGUUUAUGCAGUUGGUGGCAAUGAUGGAGUGGCUUCUUUGUCCAGUGUGGAGAAGUAUGACCCACAUCUGGAUAAGUGGAUAGAAGUGAAAGAAAUGGGCCAGCGAAGAGCAGGCAACGGAGUUAGUGAGCUUCAUGGGUGCUUGUAUGUUGUCGGUGGAUUUGAUGACAAUUCUCCCCUGAGUUCGGUUGAGCGGUAUGACCCUCGAAGCAACAGGUGGGAUUACGUAGCUGCGUUGACAACUCCCCGGGGCGGAGUGGGGAUCGCCACGGUGAUGGGGAAGAUCUUCGCCGUGGGUGGCCACAAUGGCAACACCUACCUGAACACAGUGGAAGCUUUCGAUCCGGUGCUGAAUAGGUGGGAGCUUGUUGGAUCUGUGUCCCACUGCCGAGCAGGAGCAGGGGUGACUGUGUGCGACUGCUUAACGAGCCAGAUCCGAGAUGUGGGCCACGGAUCCAGUAAUGUGGUUGACUGCAUGUGACAUGCGUGCAUUGCAGCCAUUUAGUCAUCUCACCUAGUAGACAAGAAAGCCAGCCAGGACUGUGGACAGUUCACAUGACGACUGGAGUUGUCUUUAAAUGGUACCUGUUGUGUUGUGACGAAGCACAACUUCUGGAAUAGAAAUGGAAGACAGACUCACUUGAAAACACACCUGCCCUCAAAAAUGUUCAUAGUAGUGCCAUAUCCUUGAAACACAUUUUUUAAUUGUGUGAAUCAGAAUGUUACGAGGAGCCAUUUAGUGAUUUUUUUUUUUCCUUUAUGUUGCCUAGAGGUGUUAGACUCGGGCAGUGGAUUUUUCCUGGUGGGGUGGGGGUGGGAAUAGCUGCUCAUCAGUUGAGGACCAGACACAGGCGGGAGCUGCUCUCAUUAAAGAUGAUUGCUGAUGAGCCCCUUCCUCGGUCAUGUGCAGGCAUAGGAAAAACAUCCUAUCUUGUGUAGUACCAUCUGGCUGCGCUUACUGAUGUUUACAGGAGCCCCUACGAUGCCCUUGAUCUAAGUUUGAAUUGUUAGGAGAGCAACAGACUGAGCUGAGCUGAUUCCCUCUGAGUGAGUCAACAAUUUGAUUUUCUUUCUCAUCUUAUAAAAGAAGCACUCAUAAACAAAAAAUUGAGCUACAGUGGGUAUGGGAGGAGAAGGCUUAAGACUGGAUGCUAUUGUAGGGCUCAGUGGGGUUCUCUAACUCUGUGACAAGGAUCUAGUGUCUGACGCAAUCACUUGGUUUUGAACCCAAGAUGGAUUGUUUCAAGCCCAUUAUCAGCCAAUAAAAGGCAUUGUUUUAAAAAAAAGGCAUUGUUGGUAAAAAGAAAACGCUUUAAACCUCAGCUUUUCCAGUUGUAUUUUACUGCCCCUGUGUAUAUUUAUUGAACUCUAAUUAAAAAUAUUUCUACCCAUGACUUUGAAGCCAGGAUAUUGGCAUACCUACUGACUUAAUCAACUUAUGGUUUAAUAACUAGCAUUAUAAAAUAGCCUACUGGUUAUAUGUGUAUCUUUUAUACAUACAUAUAUAUUUAUUAGGAAUAUUACCCUGUUGUAUUUUCUAUUUGCUGUGUAAUUUGGCAUCACCCCUCAGACCUCUAACCUUCCUUUGGUCAUUCCUUAGAAUCAAUCCUAGUUCACUGCUGGUCAGUCAUCUGGGUCACUUCUGCCAGCUAGCCUGCCUGCCAGUCCACCAGCCCUGAACUUCAUUGACUGGGGCCUCUAACAGUCUUGAUACAGUCUGCAACCCAGCUAAGCAGAAACCAGACUACAGACGCCGAGCAACUGGGGAUAUCAUAGCAGAAAUAAGCAGAUGAGAGCCCAGGCUGGCUGAUAGAGCUCUUUCCAUGAAGCAGGUUCCAGUGUUCUCAAAGUAUGUUAUUUUCCUACUGUGAGCCAUCACAAGUCACUGUUGGAUCUGAAACAAUGCUCUCUCCUAUAGCUAUAACCAUACUUAAGUCACCCAAAGUAGUUGACUCUUUAGAACUGCCUUCAAAUGGUUUAAUGUAGAAAAUACGUCUCAAAACUUGAGUGAAACGGUUAAUCUCUCCUGUCCAGAGGAGUACGUAGAGUGCUUCCCUAGCUGUGGUUACAAGUGUGUUUGUGAUAUUUAUUUUCAUAAGCGGGAAACGGGACUUCAUGUUAUUGUUGUUUCCUAAGAUUAUCUACAAUGUUGUUCUCUUGAACAUGUCUUUGAUUUUGUUGUGUACAGAGGUUGGAAGUGCGUCAGAAUAGGACAUGGCUAUUUCUGGCUUUCACAUGCAAGGCCAGCACCCAGGUCACACUUGUAAGGGAGGCGGUGCUUGUGAGAUCUUAGGGAUGCGUGGAGCUGUCCAUUAUAGCGUACAAGCGCAGCACCUGCCCAGCUCUGGGACAGUCAAUUACAGUCUGUAGGAAUGAAGAGAUGAACAGUUCACACCAGAUGGCAAAUUUGUGGUAUGACCCCUCAGGUUAACCCCUGAUGCUCACAGCACCUGCUAAAAAGUGAUGUGAAAUAGAGCUAAAAUUACAGGUGGAGAAAACAAGGGUGAAAAUGUAUAUAUUGUUUCUUCAAGAAAUAUUUCCAGGUACUUUUGUGUGAUUCUUCCAUCAUCGUUAAUGUCACUGCUUUUGGUUGCACUGCCACUUUAAGACCAGUUACUUGAUAUUGCCUUGGGCUAAUCUCACUGUAUUCCUGUGUCAUCAAUAAGUUGAGUGUUUUUUAAGUUACUGAAUAAACUGUACUCCCCCAAAGGGAUAUUGUAACUGAAUUCCCAAGUGAACUUUGAAUGUAUAAUACAGGCAAAUGCCCAGGUAAGGGAUAUGCUGACUUGGAUCCACUUUUACAAAUGGUAAACUUGUUCUUUAUUCUCCUCCCCCCAUCUCUUGUCUGAUGAAGAAGAAAUGCAUUUAGCAUCCAGUUCAUGUUUUAUCCAUGGUCUCUCUGACUGCCCAUGGAAAGAAGCCAUUACCGCAAUGUUGAUGGUUCUCCUCCUUCCUGUGAAAUGACUGUGGCAAUAAAACGGAUGUUUUUGAAACCGUU